UCUCCAGUGUUUUCACAGGCAGCAACAGCUCAGAUAUUAAUACGUCCUCCUAAUUGGAUUGGCCCUUAAUGAUCCUCAGAGGUUUAGAGAGACAGAGCGUUGUCUUACUCAGUAUAGACUGUUCUCUGCUACAGACAGGAAGAUGAAGGAUCCUCAGCUACCAGGUUACAAAUUCCAGAAGGCAUGUCCAAAGCGAAAUGAGGACAAAAAAAACAAAACCCAAACUCUGAUCAAACCCACCAGACCUCCACUGCUGGGAUCCAGAGCACCAGCGAUAACAGCAGAGCAACAAAUGAAGCAAACAGCAUUUGAGAGGGUUGUGUAUGACAUGUCCCACAACGAAACCGUCAUCCACGACAUAAUUCUGGGUAAAAGGAUUGCCUUCUACGAGCUCAGAGGGGAAAUCGGCACUGGCAAUUUCUCACAAGUCAGACUUGGUGUUCAUGCCUUAACUAAAGAGCGUGUUGCAGUCAAGAUCCUUAAUAAAAGGCGCUUGGACAAGAAGACACAAACGUUAUUUGCUUCCGAAAUCUCUUGUUUGCAAAGACUGUCCCAUCCAAACAUCGUGCGUCUCUAUGAGGUGGUUGAAACGAGUAAGCACCUGUACUUGGUUAUGGAGUAUGGCAGCGCAGGAGACCUCUUUUCACGCAUCAGCACAAGGGGACGUCUGUCAGACUUGGAAAGCAAGCUCAUCUUUGCACAGAUCAUUUCUGCUGUUAAAUACAUGCAUGAGAGCAAUAUAGUUCAUCGUGACCUAAAGGCUGAAAACAUUUUCUACACUACCAGCUACUCCAUCAAGAUAGGUGAUUUUGGUUUCAGCACUGUAAGUGGCCCUAGUGACGUCCUGACCACAUUUUGUGGCUCUCCUCCUUAUGCAGCACCAGAGCUGUUUAAGGAGAAAGGCUACGUGGGCCGUUACGUAGACAUCUGGGCAUUGGGUGUUUUGCUAUACUUCAUGGUGACUGCUACUAUGCCGUUCAACGCUGAAAACCUGGGCCGUCUAAAACGCUGCAUCUUGCAGGGCAUCUACACCAUCCCUCAGUACAUCCCGGUAUCCUGCCAGCAGACCAUUCAAGGCAUGCUAAGGCCUGUUCCUCCAGACCGCAGCAGCAUUUCCCAGAUCAUGACCUGUCCCUGGAUGAGAGGCAUUGACUACCCCAAGCCUUUUCCCUGCUUCAGCCUGACACCCAGUCACCUGAUGGAUCCCUCCGAGGGCCUGUGUGCAGAGGAGGAGGAAGUCAAGUUAGCAUUGAAUGACUUGGGUAUUAGCAGCAUGCAUCUGCAGAAUAACACCUGUGAAGACUUGUGCAGUCCCAUCACAGGAACAUAUCGUAUUUUACUGCAUGGCAUUCAAAAAAGGAGAUUAGUGGAGGUUGUGGGAUAUACAGCAGUGCACCCUGAAGAGUUAUGUGACAGGAAGCAGUGGAACAGUAAAUAUCAGCCAUCCACUGUCUGUACUGUGCUGUAAGGAAUUGUUGUAUUGAUUGUAUUGAUCUCCAAAAGUGUAUUUUGCUAUUUGAAGGUGCUAAAUAAGAGCUAAAUUCCAUCAAGUGUGUGCAUGUUUAAAGACAGUAAUCAAUAUAUUUUAUGUCUUACUCAGCUAGUAUGUGCAAGGGCAAAGGACUUUUUAGACUUAUAUAUAUGCUUACAUGCCACAUUUUCUGUAUGUAUGUUUUUGAUAUUGUGCAUAGAAACAUCAGUUACAUGGACCACUUUUUACAUUUCAACUUAUGUAAACAUUUAGAAUAAAAGAGGAUGAUACCUUUAUAUCAAUGGUAACACCAUUAUUAAUAAUCAA